AUGAAGAUCGCCCUGGCCCCCUUGGACGUGCCGCUAGGCAGGAGACUGCAGACGGCCGCCGUGCUGCAGUGGGUCUUCUCCUUCCUCGCCUUAGCACCCACAUGUAUCCUCCUGUUCCUCUACCUGUUGUUUACUCGCUUCUGGUUGGUCAGCGUUAUCUACUCGGUCUGGUGGUUCCUGGACUACGACACUCCGGCGCGCGGUGGGCGCAGGGUGCCUUACCUGUGCGGCAUAAGAAUGUGGGACUACAUGCGGGACUACUUUCCCGUCAAGUUGCUGAAAACAGCUGACCUGGACCCAAGACAGAACUAUGUCAUAGGCUUCCACCCGCACGGCAUCCUGGUGGCCGGAGCCUUUACCAAUUUCUGCACCUACUGUACUGGAUUCACGCAGCUCUUUCCAGGCAUUACCAGCUACCUGCUCAUGCUGCCUCUUUGGUUCAGAGCCCCUUUCUUCAGAGACUACAUCAUGUGUGCAGGCCUGAUUCCAUCCGACAAAGAGAGCGCCAGCUAUCCACUCCGGCGGCGGGGUGGCGGUAACGCCGUUGUAAUAGCUGUGGGUGGCGCCCCGGAGGCCCUCGAUGCCCACCCAGGGAUGUACAACGUGCUCUUGGCCAAGAAGAAAGGCUUCAUUAAAAUGGCGAUGGAGCAUGGAGCUCACCUUGUGCCAGCCUUUUCCUUUGGGGAGAAUGAGGUGUUCGAUCAAGUGGGAAACCGGAGAGGAACCUGGCUUCGAAGUAUACAGGAAAAGCUGCAAAGCAUCAUGGGUAUCUCCCUGCCGCUCUUCCACGCUCGUGGGAUUUUCCAAUAUUCCUUUGGCCUCAUGCCUUACAGAAAACCCAUCCAUACCAUAGUCGGACGGCCUAUCAGGGUACAGAAGAACGACAAACCAACGUCCGAGGAGCUUGAUGCCCUUCACCAGCUGUACAUGGACCAACUUAGCAACCUGUUUGAGGAGCACAAGGCCAACUAUGGUGUAGACAAGGACACACAUCUCCACUUUGUCUGAUUAGGACAAACCAUGCAUUGAUAUUUAUUUCCGCAAACCACAGCCUCCACAUGACAAAAUAUAUUUCAUUUCAUUGGCUGUCUAAACCCAAAGUAUCUCUGACACUGUAAUGAAAGUAGGUAAAUGGAUCUUGGCUGUGUAACUAACUGUAUGAUUUGUUAUGACAGUAAAUCAAAGGUGUCCAAACAUUUUCCACUGUUGGCCGCAUACCGAAUAAUCAACAUAUUA